AUGUUGCUUCAUCCUGAUGGUUACGAGUUUUGGAACGAAGCUGAAACCCUUCGUCGGAUUUCAUUCUUCGGCAUAUGCUUCAGUACUUUGGGGGCUCUGACAUGCACUGUUGUGAUAUCAAGCAUAUACAACUACAUGCAGUACACACAAACGGAGCUGCAGUCUGAGGUUGAUUUCUGCCGACAACAGAACAACGGCUUAUUCAAGCAAUAUGCAGAGUUGAAGAAAAAUGCUGAGGAUAACGCAAGAUCUGAUGCAAAAAGACAAGCUUAUGACUUUGAUUUAUCGGAAGAAGGAUUUCUGCCAGCAACCACCGAAGAACCAAUGCCUCCAUCCGAAAAUGGGUGUUGUUCAUGCAAGAAAGGUCCAAUUGGGCCACCUGGCCCACCUGGACCAGAUGGAAUAGAUGGUAGCGAUGGCUUACCAGGCCAAGAUGGAGAACGCGGAGUAGAUGCAGGGCUAAACGACGUUCCCACAGCAGCCGAUUUCUGCUUUGAUUGUCCAACGGGCCCCGCAGGAGCACCAGGAAAACCCGGACCGAAAGGUCCAAGAGGUAAACCAGGAAAAAAUGGACUGGAAGGUGUUACAGGAAUACCUGGAAGACGCGGCCGAACUGGCUUCCCAGGUAGGCCCGGUCCUGACGGAAAUCCAGGCCCUCCGGGUAUGCCAGGCCCGGAUGGGAUCUGUGAAGAUGUGGAAGCUCCGGCUGGUCCCCCCGGGCCAAUGGGACCUGUGGGAGAGCCGGGUCAGAGAGGUCGCGCAGGUAUGCCUGGAACCCCAGGCGCUGAUGGACCCCAAGGACCACCUGGCGAUCCAGGAUCUGAUGGCUAUCCAGGCGAACAAGGUCCACGUGGGCCACGAGGAGCUUUGGGUUACGAUGGGCAGGGUGGAGGGUGUGACGAAUGUCCCCCACCACGAACUGCUCCGGGAUAUUGA